AUGUCUGACGACGACUGGAACGCUUCUGACGACGACUAUGUCUUCCCACGGCAGAGAAGGUCCAAACGGCGCCGGACCGACAGGAAAGGGAAAGCCAAGGCGGUCAAAAUAGACUCGGAGGAGCCGGAGACCCCGUUCUCGCUCGAACCUCUCCUGGACGUUCUGCGUGCGCAGACGCUGCACUGGGAAUGGAGGAGCGGCGACGCCGAUGAGCGAAACGACUUCCAAGGCGUCAUCGAGCCGAUGCUCCCAGACCUUCUCGCUGCCGAGGAUGCAUUCUUCAGAGAGGAAACGAUGCACGCAGAGAAAGAUGAUACACACUGGUGGCUGCAAAGGCCAGAUUGCACUCGGUCCGUCCCCUUUCGCGAGCAUGAGCGUGCGCGCCGUCCGGGUUCAACAUCUUUCACCAUUCAGCGGGUGCUCCGCCGUAUGGCGCUCAACCGUGUCCCAGCGCACCUCCGCACCGGGCCACUCACCUCUCUGCCCGCCGCACGGCCGGUGCAGGCCGCGAACCAGGAGGUCAUCGAUGCGCUGUACGCGAUCAAGACCACGCCGUACGAGCACUCUUUUCUGUCUCGUUUGUGCGGAUUCGACGUCCCCGCCGAGACUGGCGCCAUCGCGGUGGACUGGGAGGCACGCACGCCGUGGAUGGACCUGAUGGGCGACGUGCGUGAGCAUUACGCCAUUGCGCAUCCCGAACGGGACAAGGUGGAUGAAACGAUCGCACCGAUCACUUACUGCACUUUGCAACGCUGGCACCUCCCGCAGGUGCACGCGCUCUUGGAGAAGGCGUUCUGGGACGGCGUAGAUGUCACGGAUGCACUGGACUAUUCACCGGAGAAGUGCACGGUGGUCGCGACGUACAAGCGACUGGUCGUCGGUGCAGCGUUCCUCAGCUCACCCAAGGAGACGUACAUCACCUAUCUCAUCGUCCGAUCGGGUUGGGACAACUCGCAGAUUGCGACCUGCAUGCUCUAUCAUCUCAUUACGUUCAAUCCUCACAAAGACAUCACUCUACAUGUGUCCAUCAACAACCCUGCCAUGUUACUCUACAAUCGCUUCGGCUUCAAAGCGGAGGAAUUCAUCCUCGGCUUCUACGAAGACUACCUGGACGCCAGCUCUCCACAAUCCAAGAAUGCGUUCCGACUGCGGCUCCGCCGAUGGUAG